CAGUAAUAAUGGAGCCCAGCAGUCCAAAGAAGAUCCAGUUUGCUGUGCCUCCACUGCAGGGACAGCUGGACCCACAGGCUGCCGAACAUAUCCGUCGUAGAAGACCAACUCCUGCCACUCUGCAGAUCUACAGACAACCUGGCACAGAUGGUGAUCAACACAAUGCCAGUGGAGAGUCACAGGCCUCAGAAGCCUCUCAGAGGAAGCAGAGCACCUACGCCCCGCCCUCCAUGAAAGGUAAGCUGAAAAGUUCAGUACCUGAAGAGGACGAAGAGGAAACCAACACUCAGGAAGGCUGAUCCAGGCACAGGCACUCGGCACAGCAGAGGCAGCCAACUCUGUUAUUCUGGACAACUGAACAACCUUUGGCCUCAAACACCGCACCUACAGACAUGACAUUGAUCACUGGGGAGAUUUUAAUGAGGAACAGGAAAUGGGGUUUAAUGAAAGUAGGCUAAGAAACUAACCAGGUGUACUCAUAAGUAACUGUCAAUGAAAGAGCCCUAUCCAAGGCUACCUGACCUCAACUAGCACAUCCAACUGAACAUGACUCAGCAAAAAACUGUCUCCAAUCUCACAGCCCUGUAUGAUACUUCAUUGAGGUAGAAUGUGUGUUUUUCUUGUUUUUCAGUAAACAUUUUUAACUUUAAGUGGAACAAUGCUGAUGUCAUGAAUGUUUUUCAUUUGAAAAAUUAUUUAGAAACAAGAAAUAAGAUUUGUUUUCUUGCUUUUAGCUUAAGUAUGUAGCUAAGGUAGCCAUGCAUGCUAGCUCGUUAGCUGACGGUUGAUAGUCAUUUCUCAGUCAACAUUUAAGUGGACGGAAUUAAUUUUAUUUAUAUUUGAUCAGAUUUGCUUUUAAAGAAUAUUAAGGCCAGAAAUAAGAACCAAAACAAGUAAAUAUGAACUAACAGCUGACAUGCUAACUAAAUGAUAAAUACUAUGAAGGCACACUUAGUGAAAUAACAAAAGUUUUGUACUUCUGGUUCGUACCUUUGAGCUCCUACAUCUUGAGCAACAAUGGGAUGGAUAAAAGCAGAUAGUAAAGAGCAAAAUGCUUCAUUGGUAGAGAGCAGGGUGGUAAAGUUUAAGGUAGCAAGGCAAAGACCACUUUCUGCCGAUUUCUGCUGCUUUGUCCUAGAUUGCUACCGCAGCGAGAAACCACAGACGAAUCUAGGCCUAUCCCUAUUACAUUUUGAUAGGUAGCAGAAACUUACGUUACACCUGUUCAGCAAGCCUCCGCGGGUUUGAAUUUAUUUACAGGUUUACCAAACAAGGUGAUAUAUCUCUUUUUUCUACAGUUGAUCCUAAAUGCGGGUUUUUAUCACAGAUAUUUAGGGUCAGGGGAUGAACAAGAUUUCAGCAUUGAUUUUAUAUGCCAAAAACCCUCUGGUCAUAAACCAUCUGUGCAGAGCAGUGUUAGUUGUUUCAAUAUCCAAGUUUUGGUGCGCCCACUAGUGGCAUAAAAGCGUCUAAAAUAACUGCCUAUAAUUCAUGAAGUUACUGUUUUUGUAAUACUUUUGAGUGAUUAAAGAGAUUUAACCUAAAAAUACCAUGAAAUGAGGUUUUAUUUGUGCAAAACUCCACUUCAGUUUGCAUCCUAAUGGGAAUGUGAAAACAUGACUAAAACUGCAAAGAAAAUCAGUGGAGUGAGCAAAUUAAUUUAAGCAAAAUAACAACUAAAGUAAUAAUAAGAGCAUAUCUAACUUUGUAAUUUUUCUUUAAGUUUCUCAUAUUUGUCUGAUUGUGUAGGAGUUAUCAGUUUCUCCAGGAUUGAGUUGAUACAUUAAAGUUUCAGUUUCUACCCUUUCCUAUAUUUAUUUGGACUUAA